AUGCUUCCGGAUGACAGUGAGUGUGAAUUAAAGGGCUGGACGGUCACGUCUUCGGUUAACAUCUACAAGCAGAGCAGACGUCUCGUGCGAGGUUUGUUGAAUGGACAGAUCAGCAGAAGCCUGCUGAGGUCAGAGGUCACAGGCUGUUUCACCAUCCAGAACUGGCUGCUGGACUUUGGCAGACCUGUUGUUAUGAUCUUGUGUCCGGUCGAGUCGUUUCCUUUGAACAAACCCAGUGCUAGUGACUACCUCUAUCUGCUUUACAACAUCACAACACCGUUUCUGUUGCUCAAGCUCAUCGAGAGACGCCCGAAGACGUUACGUUCGGCUGUAUACCUGUGCAUCAUCACGUUUGUGAUGGGGGUCAGCAUACACCUGGUGGGAGUCUCCAUCAACCACAGACUCCUGCUCAGCGGAUAUCAGCUACACCUGUCUGUCCGAGAAAACCCCAUCAUGAAGAAUCUCAAGCCGGAGACCCUGUUACCUGUUGAGUCCUGUGAUGUAAGUCUUAAAGUUGUAAUAUUAUUAUAAAUAUUUGUGUUGUAAAAAGGUUUCUUUGUUUUUUACAGUUUUGUCAAAGAUGAGAGGCAGAUGUCCACCUCCGCUUGGCUUCUCUUGGGUCCCAGUGGCCUUUACUUCUGGUAUCUAGUGACAGAAGGUCAGAUCUUCGUUCCCUUUAUUUUCACAUUUCUUGCCACGACGGCCACAGCGAUGCCCCAGAAGCGCAAAGGUUUUCUGCCGGAUGGAAACAGUCUGCUCUUGCUUAACAGUUUUUCGGUGUCUCUCGUGUUAGUCAUUUUGUGCGUCGCCUGUUUUUGGAACGACAAAGUGUUACGGAAGAAAUAUCCAGCUGUCAUGUAUAUACCUGAGCCGUGGGCCCUGUACACGCUACACCUGAGAGAUAAACAUGUGACAUUCACAAACUGA